AUGAACCAUGCAUGGUCCCUUCCCGCCUUUGGAGGACAGAGGCUUGCUAAAUACACGGUUAUAACUAAGUCUGUCCUCACAAAUAAUGUCAUUGUCAGGAUUGGACUGGCUGUUGUGGCCCGUGCUGUGCUCUCUCUCUUCCCAGUGCCCUUCCUGCUUAAACGUUUGAACUUCUGCCCUAACAAGAUCCUCUUGUCCCACUCAUUCUGCUUCCAUCCUGAUGUAAUGAGAAGAGCCUGUGCUGAUAUCACCGUAAACAUCCUCUAUGGGCUCUAUGUGGUCGUGUCCACUGGGGGCAUAGACUCUGCGCUCAUCAUCCUGUCCUACACGCUCAUCCUGCACACCGUCCUGGGGCUGGCCUCUCCCCGGGAGCGCAUCCGGGCCCUCAACACCUGUGUCUCACACAUCCUGGCCGUCUUUGUCUUCUUCAUCCCAGCCAUUACCAUGUCCAUGAUCCAUCGUUUUGGAAGGCACCUGCACCCCAUUGUGCAUGCCCUGGUUGCCUAUGUGUACCUGGUGGUGCCCCCAGUGCUCAACCCCAUCAUCUACAGUGUGAAAUCCAAGCCCAUCAGGGAGGCCAUGCUCAGAGUGCUGAGGGGGAAGGGCCAAGGCUGA